AUGACUGGUCCUAUUCGCUGCCUCGUAGGGGCAGCAUUGCUGCUGCUGCUGACGGGUUCUGGUAAUACAGGCAGCGCUCCUGCUGCUGCAGCUCCUGCAGCAACAGCAACAGCAACAACUGCAGCAACAGUAACAGAGAAUGAGCAGCAGCAAGAUGUGCUGCUUUUUCAUGGGGACAGUCCGAUCCCAAUACGGGGACGAUCCCCAGCAGCAGCAGCAGCACCAGCAGCAAAAGCACCAGCAGCAGCAGGAGCAGCAGCAGCAGCAUGGGAUGCACCAAUCCCUAUAGACUGGGAUAAAUUGCUAGGAGCAGCAGAAGGCGAGCAGCAAUCAUUUGCUGCUGCUGCUGCUGCAGCAGCAGCAGCAGCAGCAGAUGUCCUACCAGAGGAUUAUUUAUAUAAAUUAUUCCCUGAUGCUGCACCUAAGGCAGGAUGGAGGCAGCGACGGGGUGUACGUACAGCUCUGCUGGGUGCCGUAGGUCUUGCUGCUGUUGUUGCGCUGCACAUGCUGCAGCAGCGGCAGUCUGCAGCAGCAGCAGCAGAAGCUGCAGCAGCAGCAGCAGAAGCAGGAGAUAUAGAGGCACAGGAGAAGCAGCAAAUAAAUAAAGGAAUAAAUAAGGCACAUGCUGCUGCUGCUAUUGUGUCUCUUGUGCUGCUGCUGUCUGGAUUAGGAGAAGCAGCAGCAGAUAUCAUGGCAAAAAAGAAACAGCAGCAGCAGCAACAGCAGCAGCAAGUAGAUUUGCUGCUGCCUACAGGUUUCUUCUCCCGCGGCAGAAGACGUACAGCAGCAGGACUUGCUGUUGCAGCAAUAUCUGGUUUGCUGCUGCUGCUGGGUAGCUUUGUUGGUCUCCCUGCUGCAGCACAAGCAGCAGCAGCAGCAGCACUAGUUGCUAGCAGCACGCUUGCUGCUGCUGGCAUAUUAUUAAUACUUAAGGAAGCAAUUAAUGCAUGGCGUGUUGCUAAGAAAUUAUUUAAUAACAGCAGCAGCAGCAGCAGCAGCAGCAACAGCAGCAACAGCAACAACCCACUGCAGCAGACAGCAGCAGUUGAUAUGCAUCUGCUGUCACAGCUGCUGCAGCACUUUGCUGCUCCUGCUGCAGCAGCAGCAGCAGCAGACACAGACGCACUGCAGCAGACCUUAGAUCUAUUAGCAGAAGCAGCAGACUUAGGUAGUCUGGAGCAGCUGCUGCUGCAGCAGCAGCCUGCAGCAGCUGAGCAGCAGCAGCAGCAGCAGCAGCUAGAGGGAGAGAAGAGCAGCAGCACUUUUCUAACAAGGGAGAGUGUUAGUGCACUAGGUGAGCAGGUGCAGCAGCAGCAGCAGCAGAUGCAGCAGCAGCAGCAGCAGUCCGAGCAGCAAAUAGAAGAUAUUGCUGCAGCAGCAGCAGAGAGACUAAGCGAAUUGUCUCAUGACCUCAGCAGACACCCCGAGCUGCUGCUGCUGGCAGCAAACAUCAAGGAGCAGCAGCAGCUGCAGGAGCAGCUGCAGCAGCAGCUGCAGCAGCAGAUUAAGAAUUCUCCUUACCAUAGAGGGUUUGCUGCUGGGCGUCAAGACAGCGACAGCGGAGCAGCAGCAACAACAGCAGAGGAAGCAGCAGCAGAAGCAGCAGCAGCAGCAGAAGUAGCAGCAGCAGUAGCAGGAAGAACACUAUGA